AUGUCAAAGAGUCACUUUAGCGUUAAAACUCUGUUGCAUGAAUCGCUGCUCUACGUACUGGCAAACUCCUCACCGGCAACCACAAAGGCCAUUCUCGAUAAACUUUUCAACUACGCUAACAGCCAUAUAAUUGAAAACAAAAAAGCCGCAGAAGUGUUGGGGCAGCUCCUUCAGGCGGCCUUUACCGUCAAUGCUCAGUAUUCGAUGGAACGAUUCUUCAGCGUUGUCGUGGAGAAUACACUGGCAACAAUUGGAAACAAGACGAAGAUUGCAGACAUUUGCAAGACAGAGUUGGCGUACAAUCUCAAACUUCUUAAAAUCUGCUACUUAGUUAAUGAUGGCAAAGUCCUUCUAGCACAAGAGGCAAAGAUUGUUCAAGUACUGGAGGCGAUUAUGAACAUUCAGUUUGAAGACACUUUUGGCAGCAUGAAGAAUUGGAAUCUGCUGGGAUGUUUGUUUACCAGUUUACUUGAAGUUGGUCUAGUUAGUCGAGUGCUUCCCAUUUCAACGGACGACAUUCAACAGCUGACCAAUUGGCCUAAAACGUACGCUUUGAAAGAUAUGCCAUUUGAGUGGCACGUACCGAAAGAAAACGAACUUGCUUUUGCCCAGCGACUCUUUAAGAAGUUCAUUGAGCCGGAAAUAAGUCGACUUGACAAAUGGGCAGACUCCAAAUUGGAGUUAAGCAAAGAACAACUAGAACAAAGUUUAGACAUCGUCAGCGACUUUGCUUCUUUGAAGUGCUUUCCCAGCUUUUCUGGAGGAGACGACUGCUCGCCAUACCUGCAGAAUGACAUUUGUGCGACGAACCUCUUUCCCGGCAGUUCCAUUCGCGAUGACCUGAUGACGCUGAUGGGAAGAGUGCUGAAGCGUCUGCUCACCACAACCGACACAUCAUCUUUGCUUACCCUGGUGCAAUACACAGUCAGUUCACUGGCUAUUCCCUACAACUACAUGCCAUCCUUUUUGUCCAGCAUGACUCGGUCGUUUGAUUUCCGCAAACUUUGCCAGCCACUAAACAAUGACACCUUCUUCAUUCCUACGGUUCAGUAUGCACGAAUGAAAGAUUAUCACAAAAAGUUGACCAACUCUGUGAAAGCUCUUCGUGAGAUGAAGUACACCUCCGGACACAAGGCUGCCGUUGAGCAGUUGUUCAUUCUGGCAACGUGUCCCUAUGAAUCGGUUCGCAAGUCAGCCAAUUGGCCUCUGAUGAAACUGUUGCGAAUCUUCCCCCAGUCCGUUGAGUUGAUUGUGCCUGAUAUGUUGUUCCACUUGCAGGNCUGCCGUUGA